CUUAAUUUCACAUCUAGCACGAGAGACGUAUAAUUUCCCUUCCUAUUACUGACGAAUUUUAUUCCUUUCGGAUCAAAUGCACACCGGGACUUGAAAUCUCAUCGCCAUGAAUCCCCCAUCGAAGCAACCGCAGGGACAAACAUCGCUAUUUCAAGUCUAUCUUCGCCUGCGUCCGCCAGUUUCUCAGCAGCAUGGUGCCUCAGGAGAGCGUUACUUGAAUGUUGAGCCUCCUGAGAUUCAUCCUGCAGCUAGUGGAAGCGAGAACGCAUCUGCUGAAGCAGCCGCUCCUACGCAUAUCACGUUGCAACCUCCAAGCGAUUCGAGAAAGCGUGCGGUGGAAAAGUUCGCCUUUACGAAAGUCUUCGAGGAAAAUGCAUCGCAACUGGACCUUUUCAAAGGCGCCGGAAUGGUGUCUCUUAUUAAGGGAGUGCUGCGUGAGGGUAGAGACGGCCUAGUGGCUACUCUGGGAUGCUCAGGAAGUGGGAAGAGUCAUACUAUCCUUGGAUCGAAGACUCAGAGAGGCAUGACCCAGAUGAUGCUCGAUGUCCUUUUUCGAUCUCUAGGUCCCACCAUCCGCAAUGCAGAUGCUCAAGUAGACCCUGUCCUCCUUUCGUCGCUAGCUGCGACCGACGCCUCUGAAGCACAACUCUUUUCCGCAGCGGCCUUCCUUGAAAGCAUAUACGGAGACCCAAACGGUGAACGUGGAAGAAAUUCGAGAGCCCAAACACCCAUGUCCAGAGCUCAGACGCCUAUGACGGAUACGAUAUCUCUAUGCAGCAUUUCUCGUCGUCAUAUGCCACAGCGGCCCAGCGCACUCCCGCAACUGCCUGAUGUCAGCGACCUGGGCAUCGAUAUGGAUCCGAAAUCAGAACAUGUCGUGAUUGUGUCAAUGUACGAAGUCUACAAUGACCGCAUAUUUGACCUGUUAUCUCCCAUGCCCGGUGGACCAAUCACGCGGCUGGGUGCAAACCAGAAAGACAAGAGACGUCCUCUGCUUUUCAAGCCUACCGGAGCGUCUCCCGACCGUAAGGUAGUGGCCGGAUUGCGAAAGAUUGUUUGUAGCACCUACGAAGAGGCCCUCAUGGUCCUUGAAACAGGCCUCACCGAGCGAAGAGUGGCCGGAACUGGGAGUAACAGCGUGAGCUCUCGAAGUCAUGGCUUCUUUUGCUUGGAGGUCAAGAGAAAAAUACGAGGAAAGAGAUACGGUGAAGAAACAUGGGCAGGGAAUACAUUGACCGUCGUGGACUUAGCUGGGUCUGAAAGAGCGAGAGCAGCAAAGACUGCCGGAGCUACUUUGGCAGAGGGUGGCAAGAUCAACGAAAGUCUGAUGUACCUUGGACAAUGUCUGCAGAUGCAGAGUGAUAUCCAGGAGGGUAACAAGACUGCUCUUGUACCUUUCAGACAAUGCAAGCUUACAGAACUCCUGUUUUCUAACUCGUUUCCAUCGAAUAAUGCCACAUCAACUCAGCGGUAUCCCCAGAAGGGUGUCAUGAUCGUGACAGCUGAUCCCAUGGGAGACUUCAAUGCCAUGUCACAAAUUCUCCGGUACUCGGCCUUAGCUAGGGAAGUUGCUGUGCCCCGCGUUCCCUCUGUCGCAAGCACUAUCCUCUCUGGUUCAACAGGCGGUAAAGGGUCCAGUGGAAGGACAAGUCCGCAGUCCAUUUCUAUCGAGGAAUUGGAAAAUGCCGCUCAGGAGAUAGUACGCAUAACGAAUGAAUGCGAGACUCUGGCAGUGAAGCUCGCAGAGGAAGAAAUCGCACGACAAGAAGUUGAAAUGAAGCUGAGGGCCGCUGAAGAGAGAUGCCUCGUGAUCGAGCAGGAUGUGCGUGAAGAAUGCUGGGUAGAGAUGGACGAACGCAUGGAAGAGGAAAGAAGACGGUGGCAGCUCGCAUGGGAUGAACAGGUUGGUCGUCAUGACCAGCAUAUCGAUAAGAAGAUCGAAUUGAUCUCGAGAGAAGUUAAGAUCUACGAAGAUCCAGAACCAUCGAAGGAUGAGAAGAUCGAUGAACUGGAGCGCGAGAACGACAGUCUCCGCGCAAAAAUCGCCGCUUUGGAACGAGAGCUGAUGAACCGCUCUCCAACUCAAUCUCCGAAGAAGUCGAAAUCCAAGAAAAACACCAUACCUAGCACAGAAAGUGCAUCCAGCCACAGCUUGCGAAGCAGCGAUGCUGACAUUGAGAAUGCUCUCCGUGGGCUGGACCAUUUGAAAUUGUCCGAAAAUAGCGCCCCUGUAUCGGCAAAAAAGCCACCGGCCAGGAAGCAAAGAAAGAUGACCACUCGGAAGUGGGAUUUUGCGCCUGAAGACGAGAUAUGAUGUAUCCACCCUGUACCUUUACACACAUUUCCAUGUUUUCGUGUUUCUCGCGUUUGAUGUUUGGUGCUCCUUGAUUACCUCCUCUUUCACUAUUCCCCUGGACAUGCUUGGAUGGAUAAGGCGUUUAUUAUUUCAGUGACAACAUAAUUUGGUAGGAGA